AUGCCCCGGUCAUCAAGCGCCGCCGCCGUCAACAACAUGCCCAGAAUAUUCGGACGCAAGAAGGUGCCUCGGCCUAUGACUGGACUGGCUUCUGUUGGCUCUGAGGAGGAUCUAUCGGAUCAGCGUUAUCAUGCUCCGAGCAGCCCUACUCCUGCCCAGAACCCACUCCCAAACAUGUCCGAAUCCCUUCCUAUUUCUGAAUACGAUCGAGCAUUGCGGUCGCAUUCCGUUGGCCCUGAAGACGUCAUUGCCAUCCAGACUGCGCGCAGCUCCGUCAAUGCAGAUUACAGCGGCCACCAGAGGAGGCGAGCGGGAACUGGGAGCGAUGCCCAUCCCGCCAGUGCACGCUGGGUGAAGCCGACGACGGGCUUGACACCACGCCCCGCCAGCACCCAGGAUUGGGGUAGCAGGUUGGUUGACGAGAGCCACGACCCAGAGGAGAUUGGCCGCGCAAUCACCACAGGCCUGAAGCGUCGGUCCAGGAGCCUGUCAUUUAUUCCUUUGAUCGACGAAACUACUCCGACACCAAGCAUCACACGCCGCCGCAGCGACGAGUUCCCUCGCGGAUGGCGGGAAAGCUGCGAGGAAGCCACCUCCCCUAUGUCCUCGACCGGGCCAGGCGGCGAGGAUGGUGCCACGUUUAUCAGUGACAGAUCAGACGACGAGGCCAAGUCCGACGACGGAUUGCAGGAUGAGGUUGAGUCGCCUGUAAAACCAUUCGAGUUUAGCAAUAUGCCUUAUAUGACGGAGUUUGCCGGCGGCGCGAGUAUGAAGAUCACAGACGCUGUUGGCCUCGAGACCCGAAUCGGCCAGGUCGAGAAUCGUCUAAGCCUGGUAGAAGGCAUCCUGACGCAUGUUCGCCAGGGAACUCCUCUCACUGGGUUGGGAGACGAUGCCUCUGAACGACUGGCACCUCCCAUGCCCGCAUGGUCGUCCACCUUCCCAACAGCAGCUCGACCCUCUUCUCAUUCCUCUGCUCAGUUUUCUGGAACAUCCAGGCUGUCGUUUGGCGAGGUACCCAUAUAUGCGCGAUCAGCAAGCCAACAAACUACGAAGCACUCGGCCUUUGCCUCCCCGGAGCGAACAACUCUUGCGUCUAGUCUCCCUACCCUUUCAAAGUCGGUACCCGCUGGGUCUUUCAUCAUGGACCACGAGACCUACAACACAAUCUUGACGACAAUGGAAAACGACCGAGCUGCUCGAAUAGCAUUGGAGGCGCAAGUAAGGGAGCUUAGCCGACAAGUUAGCCGUCUGUCUAGAAACUUGCCCUCCGCCUGUGCGGCCCCAACACAAGCCGAAGGUGGGCAAACAUCGGUUCACGACUUUGCAGAUGCCAAAAAUCUCGGCAUGAGCGACAAAAAAGACCACAACGAAGAUUCUGGCAUUGGCACCGAGCCCGGGGACAGAGAGUACCCAGAUUCAUUUGCUACCUUAAACGACGAGAGCCACAACCCGGGCCACUAUAGAGAGGAAGCAGAGGCCCCUUUGACCAGGCCCAAUACGACAUUGUCGCUUUCAAAGCUGACCAUGCUUGGUGACGUGGGAUAUCCGACGUCCCAGCAAGCCUUAUCGCAGACAGUCUAG